AUGUCAUCAGUGAAAAAGUUGAAUGAUCCAGAGACCAAUGAUGAUAAUUCGAAGCAGAAAACAACAACAACAACAACAACAACAACAGCAACAGGGAGCAUUGAAAGACAGACAUUGCCAGUUAACAACGACAAUAACAAAAAUAUAAAACAAUUGGGUAUUCAAUGCAUAUCUCCUGGAAUUCAGCAAGAGAAAUUAGAUGAUAAAAAAUUGAGUUCCAUUACAAAAUCUAAAGAUAUUGAAAAAUUUCAAAGAGCUGCCAUUUUGAAGUUAGCAAAUAGCAAUAAGAAGUAUACUACGAGUAUUGCUAGUGAUCUGGAACAAGUACCCGACGGAGGGGUAAACCAAGAGCAACACCUAAUUGAUGAGGAUCAUUCAUCUAAUGAUAGUGCGACUGAGUCACUUCAUGAUCAAGAACAAGCAGGCAAAGAGAAAGAUAAUAACAAUAACGACGACGACGACGACGACGACGAUGAUGAUAAAGACUCCACUUUAGAAGAGAACGAUGAUAACAUGCAAGAAGAAGAAGGUUUUAUUACAUCAAAAAAAAGAAAUUUACCUUUGAAAAAUUCAAAUAAAUCUUUGAAAAGGAAGAAAAUUCCUUCACCAUUAGAUCUACCGGGGAGUAACAAUAGUACCUACAAUACUAGUGGUAACUCAUCCACCACUUCCGCUACUCAUUAUAUGAAUGAUCCGAUAUUGGCUCAAAGUGCUCCUGCUCAUACAACACAAUUUAGAAAGCUUAAUAACAAUAAUCCUCAAAGAAUAACGAAACCAAGAGUACGAUAUUUAGGGAGAGUAAAUACUGUAGCUACAAACACAGCUGGAAUAAAUAGACAACAAAGACUGAUGCAAGGUCAAUUACAGCAAUUUCCCUUCCAAUCCCAACAGCAACAGCAACAGCAACAAUAUCUAGCAUAUUAUCAAAAUAGCACUCCAACUGGUGCGAUCUCUUCUCUACCAAUGAAUCCAUAUAUGUCACCAUAUAUCGCAUCCCCACAAUAUAUACCGCCACCUCCACCACCUCCCCCACAACCAAGAUCGGCGAUAAUGACACCGAUGAUGUAUCAUAAUAGUACCGGUACUCAGUUUAUACCAUAUCCGAGAAGUGCCUUACCCUAUUCAAUGCAAUCACCAUAUAGUAUAAACAAUACUAUGACUCCAGCUGCAAGAAAUUUCAUAAGACCAUCAUCAUUAAAAGGAAAUGUACCUACCCAAAAAAAACAAGAACAAGCACGAGAACAAGAGGAAAAUGAUGAAAAUCCAGAUUUGGCCAUUGAAGAAGACGCAGAUUCAUCACCAACAUUGUCAGAAAACCCUGUACCAUCUAGUGUAGAAUCUAUUACUCCCCAGCACGUUUCAAUAAUGCAAGGUGAAAUUCGUAUAUUAAGAAACGCUUUUGGGUUUGAAUUCCCAUGUAAUUCAGACUCAAUUGAUAAGAAAUUGUUUCUGAGUAUAUGUGGGAAGAUCUGGGAUGAAUCGAAAGAACUUAAUAAAAAGGACACUUAA